AUGGCCAUAGAUUCGAAAGUUGCCUUUCAAAAUCGGGCACUGGAACUGGGAAUUGAUCAGACAGAGGUUGAUGCGCUUGAGGCACAUGCGCUGUCUUUGGAGGACCUCAAAUCCAGGGCAGACAGGCAUGAUGAGGCCUUGCACUCCAAGGUUGACACUUCACUGGCGCUGGACAAUGCAGGACCAAAUUGCUUGCAACUCAAGGUGUCUUCACAUCAUUGGCGGCUGACUGCUUCAUGGCAACCUUACAAGAGCGAUCAGGGUGUAAUAUUCCCCACUGCAGCGGAGGCGGAAUAUCCAAGCACUUUGUGCAAGCGCAUGGCAAAUUGCGUGCUUGAAGCAUCAACUCUAAUGGGUGUCCAACCGACACCGUCACUGAGACUCAAAGAUCUUCUCCGAUUGGGUUUGGGUCAACAAAGCAUUCGACACCCCCCGCUGGUGCCUGAGUACAAGGAGUUCAUACACCUGAGUGAGGUUUCUGCGCAUCCUGCUCAUAAACUGCUUGCUGCUCCACCACACCAUGGGGAAACCAACACUGAGCAGCAACUGGACCCGGAGGCAGGGCCUGUCAAGAGGCCCAGAACCACCUUCAAGUAUGGCGUUUGGCAUGAACCGGAAGAGUUUUUAAAGAAAGCUCAAGAGGCAAAACACCCAAUUGACCAAGAUUCCUUUCUACAUCAAAUUACAAAGGACGCCAUUGUACAAGUAGUUGGCACUUGCCCUACAAAGCUGGCCAAAGAGCGCUUGUCUACUGUUUUUCAUGUGAAGAAAUUGUCCACGGACCUUAAGCUGCGCGAGCAGGAACUCAAAGCAAGCCUGCACCCAGACGUCAGUCGAUGUGUCAAUAGCAAAAACAUACUGCUAUUUGAGCAGCUUCUACAGCAACAGAAUUACUGGGACAUGGGUGUUGUCGACCUUUUGAAAUUUGGAGUUCCUUUGGUUGGAUUGCAAGAACCGCCGGCUGGAUACCAGCAGCUGUUGGUGCCGGCAAGCAUGACAGAAGAUGAGCUGAUGGCGUCGGCCAGAUGGCGUAGAACCAGCAUAAUGCAGACAGCCAGACCGCUUACCAAUAGCGAGGAAGAUGCAUUGUUGGAGGCAACAGCUUCUGAAGUUGAAAAGGGCUUUUUGCAGGGUCCAUAUUCCGAAGCUGAGAUGUCAGUCCUGAUGGGAACCGAAUGUUGGUCACUGAACCCACGCUUCGUCCUGUUUCAAGGAGCCAGCCAAAAGGUGAGGGUCAUAGACGAUGCAAAGCAGAGCGCAGUUAACUCAGCGUAUUCGUCGACCGUGAAACUCCAGUUACAAGACGUGGAUUACGCCGCAGCUAUGGUUCUAGGGGCUAUGCGCGAAGCUGGACUUUCAGAUUCUGAAGCUUUGGAAUGGCUUGGCAAAACUUUCGACCUCAGCAAAGCCUAUAAACAACUAGCUGUGCUGCCUGACCAUCAGCUCCAUGCCAUAGUUGGAUUUCCUUCUGGGGGGAAGUGGCAGUUUUACAAAAGUGUUUCAUUGCCCUUCGGCUGCACCGGAAGUGUUUACGGUUUCGUGCGCAUAUCACAAGCCCUUUGGUUUCUGCUGUCGAAACUGCUCAAAGCCAUUACGUCUCACUACUUUGAUGACUUCCCGACGGUGGAGCGAUCGGAAGGUUGCAGGGUCCUGUCGUUGGCCUUUAGUGCGCUGCUCGACUUACUUGGUUGGGACCACGCAAAAGAAGGUGACAAAGCUCUCAACUUCUCCGCGACAUUUGACCUGCUUGGGGUAACGUUUGACCUUAGUGGCAUGAGCUUGGGCACCUUGGUUGUAAGGAACAAAACAAGUCGGAUCGAAAAACUGUGUGCGAUGCUUGAUCAGGUGGCAAAGGACAAAAACAUUUCCGCUGCGAAAGCGAGCGAACUCCAGGGGCUCCUCAAUUUUGCAGUCAGCUUCUACUUGGGCCGGAGCAUGAAGCAUUUGGUAUCUGCUUUUAUGCCUUUCGCCGACAAACCCCAGCAUCUCCGUGCUUCUGAUUUGGAAAAUCUCUGCUUGUACACGAAAACGAUGCUUUUGGAACAGCGCCCCCGCGUUCAUUCGGUCUUGAAUGUGGGACGCCCGGUGGUCGUCUUUACAGACGGUUCGGCCUGGAUGAUGGCGGUGUUAUCAAAGCUCCUGCUGACUUAG